AUGUCAAGAAUUAGUCCAAUAGUUCUCUUGUCUAUAGUGAUUCUAGCCAUUGCCUUCUUUGCACUUGGCCUACUUCAACUCCUCAUAAGGUGUCUGAUAAAAAGGCCAUCUUUUUCCUUAAACUCGCAAUCCAUUCGAAGCAAUAAUCAAGAUUCGAACAAUCCCCACACAUUCCAAAGGCAGCUUCAGCAUCUCUUCCGUUUACACGACUCGGGCCUCGAACGGGCCCUCAUAGAUGCUCUGCCCGUUUUCCAUUAUCGAGACAUCAUGGGACUGAAAGAGCCGUUCGAUUGCGCUGUUUGUCUGUCCGAAUUUUCGGCAGACGAUAAGUUGAAGUUUCUUCCCAAGUGUAGCCAUGCCUUUCACAUUCAUUGUAUAGAAACAUGGCUUUUGUCAAACUCCACUUGCCCUUUGUGUAGAAGCUUAAUAGGGAACUCUAUAAAUAGUCCCUCGUUGAAUUUUGGUGGUUCGGUCGAAAAUCGCAAUUUAUCUCGUUCAGGAUCUAUGGUGUUAUCCGUUCGGCUCGGGAAGUUUAGGAAUUCGAAUGAAAUUUCAGAGUGUGAAGAUAAAACGAGCGUUGAGGUUAGUAAUAGUAUUGAUAUUAGCAAUACUAUUAUUGGUGCUAGAAGAUGCUACUCUAUGGGUGCAUUUCAGUACAUAGUCGAUAAUGACGAUUUGCGAGUGGCAUUGCCUAAUGGUGGUAGUGUUGGUGCAAAUGGUAAAGCACGAGGUACAAUGACGAUAUCCGAUGAUAAUAAUGUGGAAAUUGAAGGGAAGAGGAUUAGUUCAAGGAGCAGAGGUGACAGUUUUUCGGUUUCGAAAAUUUGGCUAUGGUCUAAAAAAGGGAAGUUUUCGAGUUUGUUGAAUGAGGGUGAAAGUUCUGUUCUGCCUAUGCCUAAUGGAAGAAGUUUAGUAUGA